AUGGAAGAUCUAAAUGACCUUUACGCCACUGCAAAAGACGAAUUCGAAAUUGCGGCCGAAGAGACGGAGAAGAAAACAGUCUACGCUGCGGACGAUAGAGAGGCGGCAGUGGACGCAUUGAAGAUGCUGCAAGAGGCCUUCCAAAAAGCACUGAAAGAGACCAGCCCGGAAGUCAGCAAGGAGAUUCAGGGUCGUGUGGGACCGAGGAUACGAGAGCUAGAAAAUGCGGUUAAGGCGAUGGAAGAGAUGGCCAUGGCGGACUGA